UGUAGGAACCCUGACAGACAAAAAACAAGUACCGGGGCAAGAGUAUGGCUGGUGCAGCAGACAAGAAACAGGCGCAAAGAAACACGGAAACGCUUUCCUCCGUGCAUAGAUUGUCUUUCAUCGUGAAUGUGUUUGCAGUGCUAUGCAUUUUUGUGCUCAAAAGACCAAGAAGCGGGAAGCUAUACUUCCUGCUUUUCUCCCUGCCAUCGCUGUUCUGUGAGUACACUGUUGAGAAGGUGGGCAGACCCCGUUACACAACGAACUCCGAUGGGUAUAAGGUGUUGAUGAAGGCCGGCGAGGACUUGCAGCAGGCCGGGCUCACGGAGUACAUGUUUGAUGUCAUCUACUUGACAUUGGUUAUCGACGUUUUGAUGUGUCUCUUCGGCAGCAUGAAGGUAUGGUGGGUUUUACUGGUCAUACCGGGGUUUGCUGGCUGGAAGCUGAAGGGCCUUGUGGGUACAGUGCUGGGAAUGUUUAUGCCGGGGCUUGGGGGCAGCAGAAAGAGCGGUUCAGAGGCUGCUUCUGCGGACGCCGAGGGGGACAGCGCAGGCAAGAGCAAGAGACAGAUCAAGCUGGAGAAACGUGGCGCCAAGCAAAAGGUCAGAUAUCGUUAGUUUCGUUGUAGUCGUUGUAUCGAGUAUCCAUCCAUCUAGAUCUCUAUCUAUUUGAUCAAUCCACAUUCUGCUUACGUAAGUGGACACAGCGUUCAAAGCCUCAGACCCAAGGCUUGCGCUCCUCCUACGGUUCGCGCUCUGUCUCCCCUCUUGCUCACAUGCCGGUGCACGGGUUCACAUAUCACUGCUGCGCGAGUGCCGC